AUGGAUCCUACGAGAGCUUUUGUCAAGCAUGUCAAGCGCGUCGUGUUUAAGGUUGGAACAGCUGUCGUUACACGAAGCGACGGGAGAUUGGCUGUCGGACGAGUAGGAGCCAUCUUUGAGCAGCUUCAAGCAUUGAAUUCUCAAGGUUACGAGAUAAUAUUAGUUACAUCUGGAGCCGUUGGGGCUGGUCGGCAAAGGCUCAAGUACAGAAGGCUUUUGAACAGCAGUUUCGCUGACCUGCAAAAGCCGCAAGUUGAGAUCGAUGGAAAAGCAUGUGCGGCUGUCGGGCAAAACGGUCUCAUGGCAGUCUAUGAUUCUCUCUUUAGCCAGUUGGAUAUAACUUCAUCCCAGCUUCUAGUCACAGACAACGAUUUCAAAAAUCCCGAUUUCCGAAUACAGCUUUCUCAAACCGUAAAUUCGCUGUUAUCUCUAAGAAGCAUACCGAUUUUCAACGAAAACGAUGCCAUCAGCACCCGACGAGCUCCAUAUGAGGACUCGACAGGAAUAUUCUGGGAUAAUGACAGCCUGGCAGCCCUGCUGGCGCUUGAGCUGAAAGCUGACCUUCUCGUCCUACUGAGUGACGUCGAGGGCCUGUACAGUGGGCCCCCGAGCGACCCAAACUCGAGGCUUAUACAUACUUACGUGAAGCAAAAGCAUGAAGGGGUGAUAACGUUCGGGGAUAAAUCGAGGGUCGGCCGAGGAGGGAUGACCGCUAAAGUUAAGGCCGCCGUCAAUGCAGCUGAUUCCGGCACCCCUGUCAUCAUAGCUAGCGGUUUUGUGCCAAACAACAUAGCAAGGGUGUUGGAAGGGCAGCGUAUCGGCACUUUGUUUCACCAAGACGCGCACACAUGGGCCUCAUUGGAUGAGAUUGGCGCUCGUGAAAUGGCGCUUGCGGCAAAAGAGUGUUCUUUGGCCCUACAGAGUGUUUCAUCUGAUGAGAGGAAACAAAUUUUGUUGGAUGUUGCGGACGGGUUAGAGGCAAAAGCAUCUCUUAUUGAAGUCGAGAAUGAAGCUGAUGUGGCGGCAGCCCAUGCGGCCGGUUAUGACGAGUCAUUAAUAUCUCGAUUGGUGUUGAGUCGUGCAAAGCUAGCAACUCUUGCAAGGAAUAUUCGCAUCAUUGCUGACAUGGAAGAACCGAUUGGUCAGAUAGUGAAGAAAACUGAGCUUGCAGAAGGACUUAUUUUAGAGAAGACUACAUGUCCAUUGGGUGUUUUACUUAUUAUCUUCGAGUCACGUCCCGAUGCUCUAGUUCAGAUUGCUUCGUUAGCCAUACGGAGUGGGAAUGGUCUGCUGCUGAAAGGAGGCAAAGAGGCUCGCCGCACAAAUGUAAUCCUUCACAAGGUGAUAACUAAAGCCAUUCCUGAUACAGUCGGUGAAAAACUAAUCGGAUUAGUUACGUCGAAAGAGGACAUUCCAGAUUUGCUCAAGCUUGACGACGUGAUUGAUCUUGUGAUCCCGAGAGGAAGCAACCGACUCGUUUCACAGAUUAAGGCUCAAACUAAAAUUCCUGUUCUUGGUCAUUCGGAUGGGAUUUGCCACGUUUAUGUUGAUCAAUCUGCAAAUAUGGAAAUGGCAAGGCACAUUGUUCUUGAUUCUAAGCUUGAUUACCCUGCUGCCUGUAAUGCCAUGGAGACACUACUUGUUCACCAGGACCUAUCAGGCUCUGCAGGCUUGCAGGACCUUGUACUCGAACUCAGACAUGGAGGCGUGACACUGUAUGGUGGACCACGAGCGAGUUCUUUGCUAGACGUGCCGGAGGUCAAAUCGUUUCAUCACGAGUACAAUUCGAGGGAUUGCACGAUCGAGUUUGUGGAUGAUGUGAAAGCUGCCGUUGAUCACAUUCGAAAGCACGGAAGUGGCCAUACUGAGUGCAUUGUCGCCGAAGAUAAAGAGACUGCAGAGUACUUCUUACAUCAAGUCGACAGUGCUGCUGCGUUUCACAAUGCAAGCACUCGAUUCUGUGAUGGGAUGCGUUUCGGCCUUGGGGCAGAGGUUGGAAUAAGCACGAGCAAGAUACAUGCUCGAGGUCCAGUUGGUGUUGAAGGACUACUAACGACAAAAUGGGCUCUUAGAGGCAACGGACACAUAGUGCAAAAAGAUGAAGGGGUUGUUUAUACCCACAACAAUCUAUGUCUCAAUCAGUGA